GGGUAACCACUGCAGGGCUCCUUCACAGCUGCCCACCGACUCACAGAGGCCUGUGGAGAGACUGGGUUUUAUUUCUAACCUACAGUAGGAGAGCGUCCGAGCAUCUUUGAGCUCAGCCUCGUCGCUCCCAUCAGCCUCAUUUCCAGCCGCGUCAGGCAGCAGUUUAACAGAGGACAAACACACAACAGCGCUCAGAGACCGCAGCCAGCGGAGUAUGAUGGAGGGUUUAGCAGGUGAAGAGCCAGAUGUAACACGCUGUAAAACACACCGGCUCAAACGGGGACGUGCGCUGGCCCUGCUUCACCAGGACGCUGUUCUCAGAUCAGCCGCAGCAUCAGAACCAGCGCGGCCCUCACUCUGGGCCCUGGAGCCCUCCGUCCUCUGCAGCUCAGCGCUGACCCUCUCUCCGCUCCCGCCCUGGCUUUUGCUGUAAUCCGUCAGCCUCGGCAGUGACAGGAGGGCUGUAAAAACAGAGCCGGAGGAGGUCAUCCAAAAGUUUGCACAGGGAACUCUGGGGGGUUCUGUGGCGGCGGGCCUGACGCUGAGCGAGAUGAAUGUGCUGCCCUGUAAAGGUUAGGGAUGAGGCGGCGGCCUGUUAUUUGUCUCCUCCGUCCUGCCGGGCACACGGGGACCAAACCAGCCUGUCGCUCCCAGCCAAUAUGAUUUAUCGGCACUAUUAAUUUCCCAAACGGGAGGUGCCCCUCGCGUUCUGGGAGCGGCAGCCACUUCCACAGCCCGGUCCCUGCCAGGCGUACUGUAUGUCACCGUGGACACUCAGAGAAACCCGGGUGUCAGCUGUGAAGAACGCUGCAUCCAUCCACCAGACGCACCGCUUCAUUCCUGCUCACAUUCUAGCAGACGUCCUUCCCCGUGACUGAGGCGAGUUCUCAUCAUCUGCUUUGUCUCCUCUGAAAAAGAAUUGCCGACAGUCGGCCACAUUGUUCGUGACGUGACAGACUCAAGGUUUAUUUUAUAAAUCUUGCGUCGCCUGUUUAUUUAAUUUAAAAAGUGUUUUUAAUGAUUAUCUUGGGCUUUUAAAAAAUGUCAUUUUGACUUUUACUGAAGGAAAAUGUUGCAUUUUAGAAAACAACAUAACCAUAAAUUUGCAUAAAUGCAAGCUUUGCAAAACUGUGGUGAGAUUUUUAAAGUACUUUGAGUAAGUUAUAAAAGGUUGUUAUUUACUGCUGUGGCGACUGGAAGCCAGGCUGGAUUUCGUUGUUUAGGCAAACAAAAUGUUUGUCAGAGCUAAUGACUUUUGCUGUUGACUCUGUCUCCUGGUCCAUUUACAUACUGAUGAUACUGCAGCUGGAUCCCAAUAACAGCAAUGUUCCUAUUGUAUCCAGAUGAUUUGGUGACCGGUUGGUUCCCCACCAGCCUUCAGCAGUUUAGCAAAUCUAUUCCAACCUGAGUGCGAUGCUCUCCCCGCUGUGCUGCUUUCUGCCACUCACCAAUAACAGAACCUCCUCCACUGAGAAAUAAGGUUCUGGAGCAUAUUUCUAAUACUUAAAAAGAAAGCAAGCCCUAGAUCUGUAAUGUCCUUUUAUUAAUUAACCAACAAAUUAACCAACCAUUCCGAUAAAAUAAGACAUGAUUUGUGUCUUCUAUAUAUGAAUGUUUCACUGCUUCAUUCUCUGUUUGAGAAAUCAAAUUCAUGAGAUUUACAAGAAUUUAUUUCUGAAAUAACAAUGUAUCACUGUAUUCUCAGCUAGAACAUUAAUGUGUGAAAACAUGCUGUCCACAAACAGACUUGGGUGACAGACUGUAAAAAAAUCAAUUUAAAUUCAGUGUUUCUUCCCAAAACAUGUUGUGUUCACGUCUUUCUUCUUCGUUGGUUGUGGUUCGUAGCCUUGUUGCUACCACCUGUUGAUCUGUGGAGCACAUCUGGGAUGUUUUGCCUCUGCGGCCAGAGUAUUUGUAGAUGGUUUAUGAAUUGGCUUCCCACAGUAUUGAACCUAUAAGGUGACGCUUUGAGCCCAAACGCGCCCGAUGCUGUGGACGCACUGACGCAGGACAGACGCCCCCUCUCCAUUCAGCAAGUUGCCAGUUUUGCUCCGCACAAACAGGAAUGCUCAGCCCCCCCCCCCAACACACACCCUCGCCCCCACCUCCUCCCUGCACACUCUGGUCAGCGUGCCACUGUGUGCCGAUGUGUAACAAGUUCUCUGGCUCUUGUUCCUCAUACCUCUCCCUUUCUCUCCCACCAUGUGAGGCGUCUGGACCGGUGCCACCCUUUUGUCUCGCCGAGCGGCCGGGUGACGCUGAAUGAGUGAUUCCUGAGGGUCUGAAUCGACUGGAUGUGGUUGUAGCCAUGGUGACGUCAGGGUGGGGGGCGCGUGGCCUUGUGUUGGUCAUCUGCUCAGCUGUGUGUGUGUCCCAGGAGCCUCCCAUCAAACCUGCCGAGUGCAGCAGAAAGGAGCACCCCGUGGUCUCCUACCAAGGGUUAAGGCCGUGGGUGUCAGAGUUCUCCCACCCAGGAGUCAAGGAUUUCUCCCAGCUCGCUCUGGACCUGGGCAGAAACCAGAUCGUUGUUGGAGCGCGAAACUUCAUAUUCCGGCUGAGGUUGAGCAACACCUCGCUCAUACAGGCCACAGAAUGGGCACCUGAUGAAGACACGAAGCGUUCAUGUCAGAGCAAGGGCAAGUCUGAGGAGGAGUGUCAGAACUACGUCCGAGUCCUGCUGAUCAGCGGGAGCACGCUGCUGACGUGUGGAACCAACGCCUUCACCCCCGUCUGUGUGACCAGGCAGAUUGGAAACCUCAGCCAGGUGCUGGACACCGUGAACGGCGUGGCCCGCUGUCCCUACGACCCGCGCCACAACUCCACCGCCAUGGUGACCGAGCGCGGCGAGCUCUACGCCGCCACAGUCAUCGACUUCUCGGGCCGCGACCCGGUCAUCUACCGGAGCCUGGGGAACCAGCCCCCUCUGCGCACCGCCCAGUACAACUCCAAAUGGCUCAACGAGCCCCAUUUCGUGUCCGUCUAUGAGAUCGGACGCUUCGCCUACUUCUUCUUCAGAGAGACGGCGGUCGAGAACGACUGCGGGAAGAUGGUGUUCUCUCGGGUGGCCAGGGUUUGCAAGAACGACAUGGGAGGCCGUUUCCUGUUGGAGGACACCUGGACCACCUUCAUGAAGGCCAGACUCAACUGCUCGCGCUCAGGGGAAAUCCCCUUCUACUACAACGAGCUGCAGAGCACCUUUUACCUCCCUGAGCAGGACGUGGUCUACGGCAUCUUCACCACCAACGUUAACAGCAUUUCGGCCUCAGCCGUGUGUGGCUUCAACCUGAGCUCCAUCACCCAGGCCUUCAACGGGCCGUUCCGCUACCAGGAGAACCCCCGCACCGCGUGGCUCUCCACACCAAAUCCCAUACCCAAUUUUCAGUGUGGAACGCUGGAGGAGGGAGGUCCCGGGGGAAACCUCACCGAGCGCAACCUCCAGGACGCGCAGCGCCUCUUCCUGAUGAACGACGUGGUGCAGCCCGUGACCGUCAACCCCCUCCUCACACAGGACAACCUGCGCUUCUCCAGGCUGGUGGUGGACGUCGUGCAGGGCAGAGACACCCUCUACCACGUCAUGUACAUCGGGACCGAAUAUGGCACCAUCCUCAAGACUCUCGCCACAACCAAUAAAAGCCUUCAUGGCUGUUACCUGGAGGAGCUCAGGAUCCUCCCCCCAGGACAGAUCCGGCCAAUCAGGAGCCUCCAAAUCCUCCACAGUGACAGGUCCUUGUUUGUAGGGCUCGAUGACCGACUGGUGAAGAUCCCGUUACAGAGAUGCUCCAACUACCCAACAGAACGUCAGUGCCUGGAGGCUCGGGACCCGUACUGUGGCUGGGAUCUCAGCCUGAAACGCUGUACCACCAUUGAAGAGAGCUCCAACAUGAACCAUUGGACCCAAAACAUCACAGAGUGUCCGGUCAGGAACCUGACUCAGGACGGUGCUUUCGGCCCUUGGGCACCGUGGCAGCCCUGUAACCAUGACGACGGCGAGGGCUCCGUCAGCAGCUGCGCGUGCCGUUCCCGCUCAUGCGACGGCCCAGCGGCCCGGUGUGGCGGCGCCGAGUGCAGGGGUCCGACCAUCCAGGUGGCCAACUGUUCCAGGAACGGUGGGUGGACUCCCUGGUCCUCAUGGGGCCAGUGCAGCAGCAGCUGUGGCAUCGGCUUUGAGGUGAGGCAGCGUUCCUGCAACAACCCCUCCCCUCGCCACGGGGGCCGGGUCUGCGUGGGCCAGGGUCGCGAGGAGAGGCUGUGCAACGAGAAGAAGCCGUGUCCCCUGCCAGUGGCGUGGACGGCGUGGGGCCCCUGGGCUCACUGCAGCGCCGAAUGCGGGGGCGGGGUCCAUUCCAGGAGCAGAACCUGCGAGAACGGGAACACGUGUCCCGGAUGUGCCACGGAAUAUAAGGUGUGUAACCUGGAGGCUUGCCCCGAGGUGCGGCGCAACACCCCGUGGACGCCCUGGAUGCCGGUGAACGUGAGCCAGGACGGCUCGCGGCAGGAGCAGCGGUACCGGUACAUCUGCCGAGCGCUGCUGCCCAGCCCCCAGCAGCUCCAGCUGGGCAAGAAGAAGGUGGAGACGCGCUUCUGCCCCAGCGACAGCUCUGGAGCCUGUCAGACCGACUCACUGGUGGACGACCUGAUGAGGACGAGCGGCCGAACCCCCGCCCAGCCUCAAGGCUCUCGCUGGGGAUCCUGGGAAACGUGGUCCACCUGUUCCCAGCAGUGUUCCCGAGGCUUCCGGACCCGGAAGCGCAGCUGUUCGACAGCGGAGGGCAGGACCAACCCCAGCGCAUGCGUGGGGUCUCCAGUGGAGUAUCAGGACUGCAACACUCAGCCCUGUCCAGUGAGUGGGGCCUGGUCCUGCUGGUCCUCCUGGUCCCAGUGCUCAUCCAGCUGUGGAGGCGGACACCACCAGCGGACUCGCACAUGCAACAGUCCGGCGCCCGCCAACGGAGGAGACAUAUGUAUAGGCCUUCACACUGAGGAGGCCCUCUGCAACACACAUGUCUGUGAAGGUUGGGGGGAGUGGACGGAGUGGGGGGACUGCGACGAGGACGGCCUGCAGCACCGCACCCGGAGCUGUGGCGAGGACCACGGCGCUGACGCCAGCCUCUGCCAGGGCAACGUGACCCAGGCCCGGCUGUGCCAGGCUCACGAGGUGCCAGUGAUUUUACCCGGACAGGAAGAGCAGAGCUGUGGAACCUUCACCUUGUUCCAGUUGGUAGCUGUGGGCUCAGCCAGUUUCUUCGCGGCAGCGCUGCUGUCGGCGCUGGCCUACACCUACUGCCACCACCUGAACCGGCCGUCCCCAGAGUCAGCGGUCAUCCACCCCAGCACACCCAACCACCUGACCUACAACAAGCAGGGCAACGCCACACCAAAGAAUGAAAAGUACAUCCCAAUGGAGUUUAAGAUGCUGAACAAAAACAAUCUUCACGUGAACGAGGAGACGUGCAACCACUUCCCAACGCCGCUGCCCUCCAGCAACAUGUUCGCCACCACCUACUACCCUUCUGGCCUCAGCAAGUAUGACUUCCAUCAGGACUCGCCCUGCAGGACCUACAUGCACAGCUGAGGCAGAACCUCCUCGCUUUCCUAAUAACACCGCCCUCUAAGACAUCUCAAGAUCUAUUGUGGAUUUGUCAACAAAACCCUAAAUGAAAAACUGAAGUCAUUCCAAUGUUACAGUGAAGAUUUUAAAUCUGUUAGUAAUUGUAAAUGUUACACACAUUUUCAGAUACCUGUAUUUUGCAGUGUCCCAUAAACACUAGACACUUAGUUUUUGUUUUUGUAACACGUGGCUGCUUUUUGGUUUAGAACAAACAGACUCGGGAGACAAUAAACCGACACGAAGGCGCGUGUACUGAAGCUCGCAGCAGCCUUUACAGCAGUACCUCCCAUGUUUUCAUGGAACCAGCACCCACAGAGCUGGCCUUUCCAAUCCCGAGGUGCUCCAUUUGUGCUCAGGUCAGUGUCAAAGUAUAGAAGGACCCCACACUCCAGGGCUUGAAUUACCCUUCACUCUAUGUAUAUGCCUGGACUCCACUGGACUGAGAAAAGACUCAAUAACCUGCAGGUUAUUGUUUUGAAGACUGUAUCAUUUUGGCAGAUGAGAUCAGAUGACCCACUGACUUUAUACUGGUCCACGGAACACUUGGACAUUAAAGUGUGGACUCCAUCCAUGAGGACUGAUAUCUGAGAAACAUCUCUGCAUUUGGUUCUUUGUGUCAUGUGAAUGAAAAAUUGUGAAAGAAAAUGAACAGAAUUGCAGGUUUCUGCCUUCUUUGCUUUAAUAUUCAAGUUGAGCAGCUUUCAUCACUGAAAACAACACUGAAGAGGACAUUUCUGACAUAUUUCACUAUGCACUGCACAUUACUGAAGCUGGCCUGAUUUUCAUGUUUUUUCAUUGUAUUUACUGAACAUGAUGAAUGAUAUAGUACUAUACUUUAGAGACCUUUUUGUCGAUCAAACUGCUUUUUUCUUAGUGUCGAUGCAUUGAGGUUUUUGCUCUCACUUUGCCAAAUACCCUGUCAUGCAGCUGUACAGCUGUUACCAGCGGUUUGGGUAAUGACACAAACAUUAAAAAGUUUGCCUUCUCAACAGCUGAACCUCUCGAGGUUCAAUUUAGGUACAAUCUCAUUAGCAUCUAUAUCUUCGCAAGCUAAUUCCUUUAUGUGUGAAGAAACAAAAGGUUAGCAGUAAAAAAGCAAUGACUUUCGGCAUCACCCUCCUUUUAAAGCUCCGGGUCAGUUAUUCCACUCAGUCAUCAUGGAGUGAUUUCCAGGUUUGUCCUCAUUAGGACUUUCAAUUUUGGGGGCUUAUGUUCUUUUUUAUGGCAGAAAAGGACAAUUAUUUGCCUUAAUUGUGAUAAAUAUUCUUAACACAAACAGAGACAGCAGAUUCGUGUCAUUACCAAAGCUUUGGCCUCAGCUGUAUGUACAAUACUGUACAUAAGUGUGAUGCGUUAACUUGUUUCUAAUGUACUGAAAUGAGCCGACAUCAGCGGCUGCCUGGAAACACAAUAAUGGAACGACAACCAAUAACACUUAGACAAUGCUGUGCAGCAUUCGCCUUUGUGGUUUGCUUUUCAGACAUAUGCUAACCACUGGUAAGACCAAUAGAAACAUCAGCAUAAAGGAACAUACUUUUUGACCUUUUAUCUUUUUCUACAGCUGCAUAGAUUUUCUCCAGGUGCUCCAGUUCCCACCACAACCCCAAACCAUGCGGCUACGGUGAACUGGAUACUCUAAAACUCUGAUGUGUUUGUCUGCCGUGUUUUUCUAUUUUACAAAUAUGAGGUUUUAGUGUUCAGGCUGGAUGCAGCCAAUUACGUCCUGGACUCAGUUGUCACAUUAACUAUGUUAACAUCACUGUGCAUGAACAAAGGCUUUUAGUCUUUCUUUUAUCCUUGUUUCUAGCAAUGGAUUUAUAAGUGAUAUGUUGUCAAUUGUAUCCUAUUCCCACUAUGAUACUUAGACUCUGUUUACAUAUUGCAUGGGUAAGAAGAUACAUAUGUACCUUAGAGGUCUGUCAUAUCAAUAAUUUCCAGCAGAUAAAGCAAUGUCUUACAAAUACUCACUACAGGUCUACAUAUAGAAUAAAUAAAUACACAGACAGCCAAUCACUGCAUGUUUUUAGAUUAUGGGACGAAACCAGAGGAUCUGGAGGAAACCCACACAGACACGAGGGAAACAAGCAAACUCCAUACAGAAAGGCUCACACCAAGUUGGACGUACUCAUAUAAAGUCAAUAGGAGGACAUGUCACAUGGCUUUUAAAUAACAAGUUGAAAUAGUAAAUGUCAGGGUUUUCUUUUUGCAUUUCAUGACAUGUUGAUAUUUAAAGUUUCUGUAAAGUAGAUAUUGCACAGAGCGUCUUGUGUUUGUAAAUUGUUAAUACCAAGAAAUGAAGUAGAUGUUUUACAUUUCUUGCAGUGUUCUGUAGCAUGAAACGAACAGUCCUGCUAAUAUGUGUUCAUGUUUCAGUGCUUGCUUGCAGCAUGCGCCUAAUACGUCUAAAUGUAUCCAGUAUUUACUCAAACACACACGCACACACACUCUACACUGCUCAUUAUGACUGAUGAAUUUGACUGAACUGCCUUCUUGACACUGUGAACUUUUGGUACUACUAUAUUUUUGUAAAAUUAUGUCCACUGUAAAAUAUCAAGUCGAAUAAAUUGAAUUUGGUGCCAGUA